AUGAUCGAUCACGUGGAAAUGCUGGUGGAGCAUUUGACAGAUGACGACCCGAAGAAGAGGAUCAAGGCAGCCGAAGCAAUGUCAGCAUACAUUGCCGAUGAUGCCUACUUGCCAGAAACAAUGGAGGUGCACCCAGCGCAAGUUCUUGCAACUCUGUUUUUCAAAAGUAUCCCAGAUCGUAUGGCGUGCAUUAGUGCUGCCAGAUGCUUGGCAAUCAUGGGCAGAAGAGCAGCCCCUUAUGCUUCAGCUGCCUUGACGAAAGUCUUGCAGAACUCUGGCAGCGACUUGCGAUAUGAGGCUUUGGUCGCUUUGGGGUACCUGGGUCCUGAAGCAUCACCAGAGGCGGCCGCUGCAGUGGCAAAUCGGGUGAUACAUGAUGAAGAUGCCCGACUUCGACGUCAGGCGCUUCAAACACUCGCGGUUUUCGGCCCAGACGCUGCGCAAGCCUCUGCUGCCGCGAUCGCAAAAGCUUGCCACGAUGAAGACACUGAUGUUCAAGUGGCAGCAAUGCACUGCAUGAAGGCUAUGGGCCCUGACAUGGAUGGCCAAAUUGCAGGCCCAGCCUUGCAAAAGGUCUUGGCUUCAGGUUCGCAGGAGAUGCGGCGUUUUGCCAUGGAGACCAUUGCGGUGAUUGGACCAGGUGUUGCUUCCCACGUGAGCAAGCCAGUUGCCGAGCACUUGCGGCCACUUCCGGGGAGCGACCCUGUCUUGCGUCAGCUUGCAGUUGAUGCGCUAGAAGCAUUGGGGCCUGAAGUUGUUUAUGAGCAGGAGCUCCUGCUUUCUAGAGCAGUGAAAGACCCAGAAACCGAGGUGAAGGCAGCGCAGAACUGCUCCAGCCUCCAGUGCCCGGAGGGUCAUGUGGCGAAGGUCCUUGCAGCAGCGGCAUUAUGUCAAGCUGACUGCGAUGUUGCAGUUGAUCUCUAUACAUGCUGCAACCAGCUGUGCAGCAGCUUUACCUGCACGGGUUCAUCUUCCCUUAGGCCAGAAUCAUCUGCCAUAGCAUGCGACGGACCCUGCCUUCCAGAGGAUCGUGCAAAGUGCUGUGACUUCCCGCCAGUUCAGGAUGAUGGCACGCAGCUUCUGCGAGCAGUCAUAGCAGGUGAGGCUGGAAUGUCAUCCAAUCAUUUGCUAAGGUUUGGCGUUCCAAGCUCUGACCUGGCUCAGGUGAGCGAGGUGGAUCGCUUGGUGGCCAUGUCCGUCACAGCCAAAGCGACAGCCGCGCUCCACAUCGCAGCCUUGCACGGGCAUAGUGAGACUCUGAGGCGUCUGAUUGAGGGCCGUGCUGAUGUGAACCAGUUGGAUGACCGGGGCUGGGCCCCGCUGCACGUGGCUGCUGGAGCAGGUCGAAUUGAAGUGAUGAACUCUCUGAUAGCCGCGCGGGCAAUACCAGAUCUCCAGUCUCCAGAUGGUACUCCAUACGACAUAGCGCUGAGAGCAGUGCCACGUGGUCCUGACCCACCUCUCAUUUCUGUCCUUUUGUCUCAGCACGCACGUGCCUGGCAGGACGAGCUGAACUUCUGAGCACACAUGGUACCAUUUUUUGAUUUGUUUGGUGGUUUUAGAGUUUGCGGGAUGCGAUUCCUAAAAAGGACAGACCCACAUGUAGGGCGCAGAGCUGCAAAUGCAGAGGCGGU